AUGGUUAAAGAUAAGAAACUUUAUGAUUUAUUAGGUGUUGAUCCAUCUGCCAAUGAUCAAGAAAUUAAAAAAGCAUAUAGAAAAGCUGCAUUGAAAUACCAUCCAGAUAAACCUACUGGUGAUACUGAAAAGUUUAAAGAAAUUUCUGAAGCAUUUGAUAUAUUAUCCAAUGCCGAUAAGAGAGAAAUCUAUGAUAAUUAUGGUUUAGAAGCAGCUAGGGGGAAUGCACCAGCCGGAGAUGCAGGGAAUCCAUUUGCUGGUGCAGGAGGGGCAGGAGGACCUCAAUUCAAUUUCAAUACUGGAGGACCAGGAGGAUUCCGUUCAAGUACAUUUUCCAAUGCUGAUGCAUUCAAUAUCUUUUCACAAAUGGGUGGUUUUGGUAUGGGAGAUGAUCACGGAUUCACAUAUAGUUCAAGUGGUGCCGGAGGUAAUCCAUUUGGUGGAGCUGGAUUCGGUGGUGGAAUGCCAGGAGGGUUUGGUGGCGGAAGAGCACGACAAAGACCAGAACCAGAUGUUGUUUCCAUGCCCUUACCAGUUAGUUUGGAAGAUUUGUAUAAAGGUGCUACUAAGAAAUUAAAGAUUACAAGAAAGAAUUCUAAUGGUACUAAAGAACAAAAGAUGAUUGAAGUGAAUAUAAAAGCAGGUUGGAAAUCAGGAACAAAGAUUAAUUUUGCCAACGAAGGUGAUUAUCAACCAGAAUGUGGAGCAAGACAAACUAUUCAAUUUGUGAUUGAAGAAAAACCAAACCCAGUUUUCAAGAGAGAAGGUAAUAAUUUGAAAAUGAAUGUGACAUUAACAUUCAAAGAAUCAUUGUGUGGAUUUGACAAAGAUGUGACAACAUUGGAUGGUAGAAGAAUCCCAUUAUCCAGAUCACAACCAAUACAACCAGGCACAACUUCGACUUACCCUGGUUUAGGUAUGCCAAUAAGUAAGAGUCCUGGACAAAGAGGUGAUUUAGAAAUUGUAUAUAAGGUGGAUUAUCCUGUCUCCUUGACUCCAGCUCAAAAGAAGGCCAUCCAAGACAAUUUCUAA